CAUCAGCAGCAGCAACAACAUCAGCACCAUCAAGAUCAUCAUCAGCAGCACCAUCAACAUCAUCAUCAUCAGCAGCAGCGGCACCAUCAAGAUCAAGCUCAGGACCAGCACCGCUCCCUCCUGGCUCCACGAUGCGCCUCCUCCUCCUCCACCUGGUCCAGGUGGUCCACCUCUUCACCCCCCACCUCGUCACCCACCUCGUCACCCACCACCUCGUGACCCAGCCCGUGGCGGCGGGCUCGUCUCCCCGCCUGGCCCCCCUCACCGGGCCUGCUCGAGCCGCGGCCCCGUCGCCCCCCGCCAUGGAGCCGGUCUACUGGCACUCUGCUAAUCCUAGGUUCCAAGGGGGCCAGGGCCUGGUGCUGUACCCCCAGAUCGGGGAUAAGCUCGACAUCAUUUGCCCCCACGAGUUCCGCCCGGCGGGGGCCCAGGGGGCGGCCCCCUACGAGUACCACCGCCUCUACGUGGUGAGCAGGGAGCAGGCGGACAGGUGCGACACAGUGCAGCGGCCUCGCGUCCUGCUGACCUGCGAGCGUCCAGACGCCGACCUUCGCUACACGCUCAAGUUCCAGGAAGUGUCGCCAAACUUUUUGGGCCUUGAGUUCCGUCGUCAUCGUGACUACUACAUCACCUCCACCUCCAACGGGACGCUGGAAGGCCUAGAGAAUCAGCGGGGAGGAGUUUGCCGAUCUCACGCCAUGAGGAUCCUACUCAGGGUCGGUCAAGACCCCCGAGCCCCCGCCCACGUGACGUCUGUGACCCGGCGACCCACCCCCGGCUCCGGCUCGUCACGUGAGCCCGUGGUGAUCGUGGUGCCGCCCCCACCCCACGGAGGCGGUGGGGGGGCGCCGCCCCCUACCAACCGCCCAGGGGUGUCGGACCCCCGCAGCGGCGUGGGGGAGGGGCCGGGGCCGGGGCCGGGGGGAGAGACGUUGCUCGGCUCUGACGUGGCGCUCAUUGUGGGCGUGGCCAGCGGCUGCCUCAUCUUCCUCCUCCUCGCCCUCUUCCUCCUCCUCUUCCUGCUGCGCCAGAGGCGACGCAGCAACCACCACCACCACAACCACCACCACGGCAACAACAACCACAACAACAGCAACCACGCCCCGCUGCGCCACCCUGGGCCCUACUCGCUCACCACGCUCGCCAAUGCCCGGCGGGCCGUGUCUCUGUCGGCCGGCGGCGGCGGCGGCGGCCCGCGUCGGCGGUGCUGGCGGCCGCGGCCGGGGGGGGGCGCCGGAGGGCUCGUCGCGGGGGGCCCAGGUGCCCCCCACUACGAGAAGGUGAGCGGCGACUACGGCCACCCCAUCUACAUCGUGCAGGGCCCCGACCGCAGCCCCUCCAACGUCUACUACAAGGUGUGAGAGGCGGUGGACGUGGCGGCGGAGGCGACGGGGAGGGGAGGAGGCGGAGGAGGAGGAGGCCUUCAUCUAGCAGUGGAUAGACCCUGGCCGACGAUGUUGGUGGAGGCUAUGGGAGGCCUUUGCCGAGCAAUGGAUAGACUCUGCCUGAUGGUGGUGGCUUAUGGGAGGCCAUCAUCAUCCGGCAGUGGAGAGGCCCUGGAAGAUGGUGGUGGUGGCGGCGACCGCGGUCAUGGUGGAGGCUAGCGGGGGGCGGGGGGGGGAAGAGGUGGUGGGCGACGAUGGACGUGGGAGGGACGCGUUGCUUGAGAUGCAGCAGACGACGAUGACGACGAUGAUGAUGAUGAUGAUGAAGAAGAUGAUGCUAAGGAUGUCGGCGGUUGAGGAUGGAGUCGAAGAGAAGAGGGUGGAGUGACGGGUGGGAGAUGCGACAGCGUUGGACCCCUGUGUCGGGAUGAGAUCUGGUCAGUUGUGGGGUUCUGGCCCCGGUGUUCUCCCGGGUCCCAGGUGGAACCGGAGUGGAUUCCCGUCUGGUCUCCGGACGGGCCAAGGGGUCGCAACGCGUCGACGAUCCCCCCCCCCCCCAACCAACCCUGAUCUCCCCGACUCGGUAGCACCCAGAGCUCGCAUUGUGCCAACGAAGGGGACCGUGGGUUUUGGCGGGGCCACAGAGACGAAGACACGCACACACGCACGCACGCACGCACGCACGGGAGCCUACGCACACGAUUUGAUGCUGAGUCUGGGUGGCGGGGUGGUGGGUGGGUGUUUGGUGUGUCGUGUGUGGAUUGUCCUACGCCAUGAAGACUCCAAGAAAGAAAAAAAAAACGACGGUCUAUCGUUCUGGAGGGUGACCUGCGAUUCGUUUCUAGGAACCCGUUUUCCUAACUGGUUUCGAGGAGGGGGUAGGGAGGAACCCUCCUUGGGCCCCAAAGUAUCUCGUAGGGACCAAAGCCCCCCCCCCCCCUCCCUCCCUCCUCGGGAUGUGGGAAGGGGAGGGGGCGGUUAACGGAACAGAACCUGAGGCCAGCUCAAGAAGUUUUAGUCUGGUGGACCAAAAACGGUGCGUUUUGAUGGUUUGUUUAUUAUUUUUAAACCGACGGAGACUUUGUUACAAACUGGCGUGGGUGUGGGUGGGGUAAGGGUAGUGGGUAGGGGGGUGAUGUUUGUGCCAAAGAUCCACCCACCGUGUGGCCUGUAACAGGUUGUCAGGGCAAGUGUUGUUAGUGAGUAGGCCGGCACGGUGCACGAUGGAGUGGGUGGCCAACACCACACCUUGGUCUCCCCCGAGUGGCGAUGUUUACUCUACACAUUGCCCCAGGUGCUCAUUUGAGGCCGAGUUUGACCGAGGGGGGGAGGGAAGGCUCCAUAACUGAUUCAGAUUGAAUUAUCACCAAGUGUUUGCGCCGGCCGUGAGCGGAGAAUCGAACUCGGGUCUCGCUGGGCUCGUGGCACAAACGUGCAGCGUUAACCGCGUCGACACCGCCACUCUCCCCAUCGCUGCCACCACCACCCCCAGCACCACCACCGACACGGCCAGCACCGACAUUGCCAGCACCGACACUGCCACCGCCACGGUGAUGUCGGGGGGGGCCUUUGUGCGUUGCGGUUUUGUGGUUUAUUGUUUGCGUAUUUUUUUUUCUGUAAGCCGCCACCGCGGUUAAAGGUGGACGCUGCGUGGUGGCGGUCGUGGGCGGUGGUGGUAGCCAGUGGGCGGUGGUGGUAGCCAGUGGUCGUGGCUGCAAUAGUGGUGGCGGCAGCGAUUAUGGUAGUGCCAGUAGCGGUGGUGGUGGUUGGGGUUUAUGAUGCACUUCCCCCCCCCCCCCCCACCCCUUACUGACGGUCGCGUGCCCGGACGAGCCCCCAGUGAACGUUGUUCUGACCACCGCAUUGCCCUCCAUCCCCCCCCCCCCCCCCCCAUGCCGAAUAUAUUUAUUUUACUCUGCGAUGUCGAUAACGCCGACGAUGAUGAUUCUCGUUUUGAUUUGGUUCCUGAUGAUUUAUAAUAUUAAUUGUCGUCGUGUGUUCUCGCGCCGUUUAUAUAUAUCUAUGUUUGUUAAUAUCGUUACGUUGUAUGGAGAGGCGCGCGAGGGGGGCAUUUUGGAAGACUUUUUUUAUUGGGGCGCCGAGGUUUUUGACCCCUCGCACCUGCCCAUUUAUUUUCUUGCAGCUUUAUUUUAUUUUAUCACUCGAUUUUAUGUUACAAUUUUUCUCACUUUAGCACAAAUACUGGAAGCUUUGUAAAAUACGUCUUCGCUUCCGUACCCACGAGUGCCAUGACAAGAUUACGAAACGGUGGACAGGAGCAACGUGAGUGAGAAGUGACGGGCACCUAACGUUGGCUCAAUGUUAAAGACGUCGUCCAGGGCCAGCUUCGGUCCCGACCCGCAUCGGGCGCGUGAUUGGACGCUCCUGGUCCAAUCGGGUUGGGUCCAAUCGAAAGCUUCGGUUAAACCCGGGUCCGGCGCGUGAUUGGAUAAUUUUUGGUCCAAUCAAAAGCUCUCUCCGGUCCAACCCCGGGUCCGGCGCGUGAUUGGAUGUUUUUGGUCCAAUCAAAAGCUCUCUCCGGUCCAACCCCGGGUCCGGCGCGUGAUUGGAUAUUUUUGGUCCAAUCAAAAGCUCUCUCCGGUCCAACCCCGGCACCGGCGCGUGAUUGGACCAAUGUCCAAUCGCGCCCUGGACCCUGGGUUUGAUUUCCCCGUCCCCCAGGUCGACUCGGCCUGAAAUGAGCACCUGGCACGGUGUUGUAAAAAUGUCAGCACUGGGGGGAGACAAAGGCGGCCGGGCGUGGUAGCUUGGCCACCGACGGUCUGCUAAUGCUAUACGGAGCGGAGGGGAAAUUUGUCCUUUGUUUCUAGUUUGGGCCGGGAAAAAAACCACUGGAACUUUUAUACGGAAAAAGGAAACUUCCCUUUGAAGGUCUAGAAGCUCAAGCGAUGGCAAUAUUAUUAUAGGAGUAAAGUUACACUAAUACCUAGUAUUAUAAUAAUGCUACGUAUUACUACCGUGCUGUUGCGUAUCACUAUGCUACAAUACGUGUAACCGUUAUUGUAAAAUAUUGUUUUAAUAACGGUUAUGAUAACGCUAUUGGUAUACUAUUAUGAUAGUAUGCCAAUGACAUUGUUAUAUAAUGUUAUGAUGAUGAUGAUGUUUGUCGCAGGCAGUGGUGUUGGGGAGGUUGUGGGGGUCGCGGGUCAGAGCCCCCCCCUCCCCCAUCUCUAGGUCGUGCCACUGCUGGAUGAGACCCUCCCACUGGCGUCUCUACCUCCCCCCCCCCCCCUUCUGUGAGGUGUAAGGAGGUGUAAGGAAGGAUAUCUGUCGAUCUUUUUUUGGACGUCGCUCGUUUUGUAAAGGAAAGAAUAAAAGGGAAGUGAAACUUC